GAAUUCUUUCACAUUUUUAACCACCAGCCACAAUGCAUGGACGUCGUAUUCUCCAGGUGAUUCGGAUUUACGUACAUACAUCAAAUUUCAGCUAGAUUUUCGUGUACUUCUCGAUUGCGGAUUGCUUCCAGAGUAGUACCUAUCACCAAUGUAUACCAAGACCUCAGCCACCCAGCCCUACUUUUCGAGAACGAUGAGGCUACAGAGGCGUCAAUCCGAUUUCUGACAAUGACAACGGAUGACGGGUGACUCCGUGAAUUCAAUUCCCUCAAGACACCUGGGCAAAGAUUGCAUUCUUAGCCGAUAAGCUUAUUUGCCUUAAGAACGUCAACUCUGCUCUUGUUCUCAUGUCGUAUAAUACAGGAGAACUUUUGAUGCAUAUUCAUUUGUGCAGAGGAUACAUACUGCUACUGCUGCUGCUACUACUAUAAUUGACUUGAUUUCAAGUCGAUGAAUUCAUCUCCUUCGAGAGUAGAGGAAAGAUCAUGCCGGUAAUUGCUUUGGCUUCAGUGAACAAUACAAUAGCCAAUAACAUCGCCACAAACGCUACAAGUGAUGUUUUGCAAGUUGUGUGCGCAUGGCCUGUAUCUGGUCAAUAUGGGCCAGGUUCACGUGUCUUGUAAGCCUAUCCAUUUCCCCGCAGCUUUCCCUAUGUGGAUCCACUCCCCUAUCCGCAGAUACUGCAAAAUUAGCGGCAGUUUCUGACAUAUACAAUUUCUCGUCUUUACAGAUAUUAUGUUCUCGUAGCAGCCUGCGUCUUCCUUCGAAAACAACAAUGGCUGAAAGAAGCUUGUUUGGCAGCCGCACUUCUUUUCCCCGCUGUGGCCGCAAUUCAUGGCAUCGUCCUCGCAGCUGUACAUGUGGAUGGUGAGUAGCUCAAGAGGACAAUUACUAUCCCAAUUUUUCUGACACCUCAAAUUUAGGUGCGGUCGAUAUGGAUAUUUACGGGGCUUUCCAGCUAUGUUCGAUAGGUAUAUUGGCUGCACCGAUAACUGUAAAGUUAUCCCGAACAUAUUUCUUCGAAACCCCUGGUCGAAAUACCAUAUUCUUAUGGACUGGCUUAAUAUUUGCUGGUAAGUAUCGGUCUCACUAUUAUUGUUAAGGCACCGCUAAUGUUUAAUUCCUUCAAGGUCUAUUGAGCUUGACUGUGGAGUUCACCAGGAUAAGCACAAGUCCUUGCACUACUGAUAGUAACGGACAACCGGCCCAUUUCACUCUAGGCAACUUCACCUAUGAUUCGACAUGUAGCCUUACUUGUGAUGUUGUUUCUGGCCCCUUUUCUCCAAUGCGACGUGGAUCAGCCAAUAACAUCUACGUUAUUCCCGCACCAGACAAACUCACUUUUGACACUAUUACGCUUCUCUCGGCCGCUUGCUGCAUCCCAGCUAUACUUUCACUUGUGUCUAUGUGGAACAAGAUUCGUGAGACGAAUUGGAACAAUCGUUUCGGUCGGAAAGAAGAGCCAAUCGACGCGCCGAUUGAGGGCACUAACAAUGCCACCCUUGGUCAAAUGAAAGAGGUCAACAGUUUGAUUAGGUUCUUCCUAAGCGCUAUAGAAGUUCCUGUAUUCGUAGGCGCAGUGGUAACUAUUCUCAUCCUCGGUGAGGGAAACUUUUUCAGUCGCCAAGUUGCAUAUCAGACUGAACCCAUUGCAACUAUUGGUAUGUCCUUAGUAUUAUGAGAUUGUUCAUUGCUAAUGUUGUUCUUGUUCGUAGGUCAAUGGGCACCCAUUGUCGGAACUGCGCUUGCUGUUUUCGGCUCCUUGUACCGUCUCUUCGCAGCAAAUAUGGAAGCCGACGAUGAGAAUGUAAUUUCAAAUGCUCCAAAGCAUCAUGAUUUCCCGAAACGAGGAAUUGGCCUUGGAAUAGGCCCAGGAUCACCAACAUCUAUUGCUCCAAGGGCCAUUGAAAUGAUGCACCAAAGUGUGUCAGAUAGCAGUGCAAGAACUUCUCAUGAGAUAGAACAUCACGAAAUAGCACCAACUACAAGUAGUCGACCUUCACUUGCGCUAGCCAAAUUGUCAUCAGAUGUAGGAAACAGACGAAAAGUAGCCACUGUUCUGACCGCAAUCGGCAACUAUAUUGGUACUGCCGCAGAGUUUCGUCUAGAUGAUUCCGAGUUUAAACAUGGAAAAGCAGUCGACUUCCCAGAAAUUCCUGGAGAAGAUCAACGAAAUGCAAAGCUGCCACAUAUCAGAGAAGCGUACAAUCAUACCCGCGAUGUCGAUGGAAAUAUCACACCUAUGCUUCGUCCUUCCCGAGCACCGAGCAUCAACGGGAGUAUUAUCUCAGGACUUGACAUUGAGGCUAGCACGGGGACUGGCGAACCCGCGUCACCUCGAUCGCCUGCAUCACAUUUUUCCGCUUCCCCUGCAAAUGGUGAUCGUCCAAGACUUCGCCGGGAUACCCUUGAAGUUCCUCCGCAGGUUCAUCACAGUCUUACACGAUACGAUACAUCCAGAUCUGAGAGCCAGGUUUCUCCAGUAAUUGUAGUCUCAUCUGAGACUACAGAUGUACCUUCUCUCGUACAUCCACCCACCCCUCCAAAGCCCCCCGCGCCACCUUGAUCUUCAACUAGAAAUUAAACAAAAUCACAAAUACGAUUUCACCGCUUUCCAAGCAAGUCUUUCCCUUGCUGCUGAUGACUUCAGAGAAUCCACAUCGCAAGAUUAUAGCAUAAGGUUCACGUUCGUCAAAUACGGGACUUCACGGAGAGUGAGCUGUAUAGAAGUUCUCCGCUCUUCAACUACUUCUUGCACGGUUCUAAUGAAAGAAAUGAUGUGCAAAGUGGUAAAAAAAAAUCAUCCAAGCAUAAUCACACGAAUGACGACUACUGGAACCAAGCCACUAUUUAAGCAACGACGGAAGAAGCUUUGCGAGUGAAUAUACUCGGUGUAGAAGAAAGGAACUGCGAUUCCGAACGAUUAAGAGGAGAAUUUUGGGGUAGUAGCGAAUCCUAGGAACUUUCACCCAGCGAGGCAGUUUUGAUAACAACAUUACUUAAAUACUAGGUACCUAGUUGAGAAUGGAAAUCUCAGUCACUCCAGAAGUUUGGUGAAGGUCAGAAUGCUUUGAUCCGUUAUCAAUACAUAUAUACAUCAUUGAUUUGUGGCAGAUUGCUUUUUUCUGAUAUUAGAAUAUUUAGAAGGAAUUGAAAUUCAAUCAGCUCGAAACCUU